AUGGAAAGUUUCAUUUCGUUAAGCACCGCGAUGGUAGCCACAGGUUACUUUACGGAUGCUCGCCGUUCGAAGAUUCGUAGAAAAACUGGAGUUGGUUUUUUAGAGGAUUAUUUUCUGAGGAGUGAAAUUGGAGACUACCAUCGUUUACGGUUGCUGAUAAAUUUGAUUAUUGGGAUUCUUUUCUGUUCAUCGCUUUAUUAUCUUGGAUGGAAACGAUUGAAUUUUGCUGAUUUUCAUUACGUUUAUGGUGUAACUUUUAAAUGGUUUAUGAUAUUAUCGACUGCUUGUGCUUUUACGCUCAGUCCGAUGUUUCGUUGCGCUUUGCUUUGCGUUUUAUUUGGAGCCAUGGGAAAAAAUGGACAAGCACCACUUUCGCUCUUAAUCCUGGAUAACCUUAACGAUGGACCAAUUUCGAAUAUCGUGAGCAACUAUCAGAGAACUGCAGAGAUUCUGCUUUGUCAUUUGGAAUUACAAGCAAAAAUUGCUUCGAAUCGUGUUUCAAUGCUUACUGGUCCUGUUGAAGCUGUACUAGAAAAGCAAAUAGAAGUUGGACUACAAAUGUUAAGAGAUUUAGUCAAGAAAAUACGGAGCAUAUUAACACCAUUUAUGGCUGAAAUUAAAGCAUCUCGAACGAGUGAGGAUAAAAAAAUGGAGGAACGUGAUGAUCAACUUAAUAGCUAUGCGCAGAGAAAAGCAUUGGAUGCACUUAUGAAGGAUGAACAGGAACCUAUUGAACAGAAAAAGAACGACGAACGGGACGCACUUGGAACGUCAAAGGAAAAAGCGGAUAAACUAUUGAAAACGAAACCUGCUUGGACAGAAUUCAAGACAUCUCAAGGUCGACAAAUUGCUAAGCGAAUCUCGAAAAGAUGUAACGACGUGUUCAUAAAAGGAGUUGACAAAUGUCGUGAUCUAAUGUCAUCAGUGAAGGACAAAUGUUUUGAAGCAAUGCCAUGGUAUUUAAUGUAUUUUGUGUGUCCUAAACUUAAUGCAGAAGAAGCAUGUAACAUUAUGCAAAGACGACUACAGUCGCUAUCAGCUUGUCAGAAACACAUGGAAAAUGCCCAGAUGAGUGGUUCCAUGGAAGGAGACGUGAACGAUCUUAUCAAUAUCACCGAUAGCUUGGAUAAUGAACUUCAAGCUAAUUUGCACGUACUACUCGUCGAAAUGCCGCGAUUUGAAAAUGUCUUUCAAGUCACUGAAUUGAAGAUGUUUGUAAGUAUUGGAGCAAAUUACGUUAAGGUGGUGCUGAAAACUGUUUCCCAGGUAGUGCAAGCACUAUUUAUUUUUUAUGUCUAUGAAAUUUUUCGUGAUUCUGUAAACAUGAUUGAAAACUAUAAAACAGAUGUAGAUUUCAACAACUGUUUCAUCACUAGCAUUUUUUGGCAAAUCGAUCAUCAUCGAGAGCUAUGUGGUCAACAAGCGAUUCGAUAUAUCUCUUCAGCAGAAAUGAGGAACUGGAAGUUGUUGAAGGUGUUAAGCGCACCAACGAGAUCAGAACUUGAUCGAGCAAAAGGAUCUCUGAUAACCUGGUUUGUAGCCACAUUCGUAGCAACGCUCCUGGUAUUUAUGGAUUACUACCUUUACGCGUUCCUGAAUGCUGUGGUUUCUGCUUCCCAUACUAAAAUUGAACAACUCGGCUCGUCCAGCGCUGCUAUUGAGGUAAAAGGGGAUGGAGUAGUGGCGAAUUUUGUUCGAGCAAUGAUUGCUGAAAAUCGUACAAUCGAAGUGGACAAUAGUAUGACAAAUGCACACUGCCUCAUGCCACCACAAAGACCAAAUUUUCAACAUAUUUUCACAUGGAUCGCUUUACCGUUGUUUCUCUCACUACUAUUACAGGUGAUUUUCUCGUUUGUGGUCAAACGAGUGAUCAUCAAUCAUUUUAUGCCAUUUAUGUUUCCACUUAGAGAUCGUGUUCGGAUAAUAUAUCUUUACAAUAAGGUACUCUUUCUAAGGCUAAAACAUCGCCAAGAAGCUAGAGCAAGAAUUCGAUUUAUUGUAGACAGAUGGAAAAUUAAUGAAGAAAAUGAUGAAGGAGGUUGGCUAUCAUAUCAAUCUUGGUUCAAGUUGAAUAUUCUUGAUCAUCUUUUCAAUACUGGGCAAUGUCUAAUGUGUCAGCAAAAUAUGAAACCAGCUCAACUGUACUUUUGCAUCGAAUGCCCUGCUACAUUCUGUAAAUACUGUCUAGCUGAAAAUGGGAAUGAAUGUUAUGCUUGCCAGGUAGAAGAGGGGAUUGUUAACACUGAAAGAAGUUUGUCAGCAUAUCCGGAAAAGAAAAAAUCAAACGAUCAAUUCGUGCGCGGUGGCCGCAUCAAACAGGCAAGAUCAUGA